AUGUUGUUAUUGAUCCCAUUACUAGCAUCGCUUUGCUAUGCUGUUAAGCCCAUCAUUCCUGAUGACGAUUUGUUAUCUUUUGUGUCGCUUCCCGAUACCCGAGCAUUGAAAUGGGAUGUAACUCACCAUGACCGUGAGCGCCAGGCACCUGGAUACUGGUUUGUCGCGCCAUACGGACAGAUCACGGGAGAGGCAUCCACUCAGAAGUUUCAUCAGUACCAAGUUGGUCCUUAUAUCUAUGAUGAUAAUGGCAUGCUCAUUUGGGCUGGGUCAAGACAAUUCGAGGAUCGCAAUGUUUUUGACUUUCGCGCAAAUACCAACAUGGAUGGCGACACUCAUCUGUCAUUUAUCGUGGCCUGGGAUCCAGAGAAUGAGUUCGAGGAUCGGGGUCGUGCUGUGAUUUUGAACAAGCACUAUCAGGUCGAGAAGGAUUUGAUUUCUCCGGCUGAUGCCCACGAUUUUAACAUGCAUGAAUUCAAUAUCCUGGAUGGCGGCAAGACCGCUGUUGUCUGUAUCUAUCGCCCUACGUUGGUCAAAUUAGGGGACUUUGGCCGUCCGGAGGAGGAGAGUUUCGUUGUCUCCGGAGGGAUUGCGGAAUACGACAUCGCGACUAACGACCUUCUCUUCAAAUGGAACGGCGUCGAUCACAUUCCAAUUCACGAGUCAAAUUCCUUUCACGCGUGGGAUAGGCCUCAAGGUUCUCCAGGCUGGGAUUAUGUCCACGCCAAUGCGGUUGAUAAGAACGCCGCAGGCGACUACAUUAUAUCUAUGCGCUUCACUAACACAAUCUAUUGCGUCGGCGCUGAUGGAAAUAUAUUAUGGCGACUAGGUGGAGCAGAGAGUAAUUUCGAUCAAGACUUCACCUUCUCCAAGCAACACGACGUGAAAUUCGUCGAAUCGAAUGGCACCGACCACGUCAUUACCAUGCUCAACAACGCAUCCGAUGAAGCAUCCAAUGACGAGGACGUCUCCUCCGUUCUGUAUAUCAAGCUCGACACGGCAGCCAUGACAGCGCGGCUCAUCAAGCGCAUGAACCGACCAGACGGCCAAUUAACGCGUCUCCGCGGAAACGCCCAAACACUCCCCAACGGUAACACUUUCGCAGGCUGGAGCAAAUUCGGCUAUCAGAGUGAGCACGGUCCCGAUGGGGAAGUCCUAAUGACUGCCCGAUUUGUCUCGGACCGGUACUCGACCUAUCGCGCGUACAAGUCCGACUUUGUUGGUCGUCCACUCACCCCUCCUGACGUCGUGGCCUCGGUUUACGGCACCAGUGAGACGUCCAUCAGCACGGUCAUUUAUGUUAGCUGGAACGGCGCUACGGAUGUUGCCAGAUGGAAUUUCUAUGCCCGAGCCAGGGAGUCCAGCGAGUCCGUUCUCAUCGGCCAUGUCGAAAAGACUGAUUUCGAAACUAUGUUUAUCGUCAAUGGCUACAUGGAUUAUAUUACUGCCGAGGCUUUGGACCGCAAUGGUGACUCUAUGAGCAAGUCUGCUGUUCAUCGAAGCCAGAUCCCACACAAUUGGCAAGCUGCUGGGUUUGUAGGCUCGAAGAUUCCUUCUCCGCAGGAUCCACGUGUUGCUUUAGCUGCUCUCCAGCAUGCGUCAGAGAACAGCGGCAAUGAUGAGGUGGACGAUCAUACUGCUUUCAGUGGUACGGUUGGUCUGUUUAUCUUCUUCCUAGGGGUUUGCACUCUCAUCGGUGGACUGGCCGCCGCCUUUUUCAUGUGUUACCCUCGGAGAAGGCGGUCGUAUCACAAGGUACGGCCUGAAGAAGAUGGUCGGCUGGGAGAGACUCAUCGCCUGGCUACCGUGCCCGAGUGA